AUCAGCCGAUGCUGUUUGUUUUCCUAUCUUUUUAAAAUGUCUUCAUUUGAGGAGGAGUCAUUAAUUGAAAAUAUCCGGGAACAUAAAUCUUUAUACGACAUUUUUUCUGUCGACUAUAAAGAUAAUAACAUUCAUGAAGAGGCAUGGGAAGAGAUUGGUGCAAAUUUACAAAUAUCAGAUGGCGAAUCGGAAUACAUGGAUAAUAGUUGGCAUGCAUACAAGUCUAACUAUUAUUUCCCAAACAACACAUUAUAUUCAAAACAAUAUCAAAUACUUUUGGGGUGUUUUAUAGGUAGGUGAUUGAAAGAAAUAAUAUAAUGCUUAUACUAAUUAAGUUU